AUGCGCGACGACGGGACAUGGCUUCUCCAAGACGAGUCUGUUUACCUUUCCACCGUCGGCAACAACUACAUGGCCACUUUCAAGAACGUCAGCGAGCGGGACUACGGCAAUUACAGCUGUGUGUCCCACAAUAAGUACGGCAUGUCUAUAGACACCGUUGAACUCUCAGGGAAGCCAAAGGUAACGACACUUCUUCAAUGGACCAGCCAUUUGAAUGGAAGCAUUAGCGCAAAACUCGUCUGCACGUCAUACAGCUCCAAAUCAAGCAACACGCGCUGGAUUCGAGACGACGGUACCCCGCUGCUCAAUGGAGGCAUCGCUCAACUCUCUAUUUCGAACAACAGCUACACGGUCACGUUCAAAGACGUCGGCGAAGCACACUAUGGCAACUACACCUGCGUCUCCCAUAGUGAAUGGGGCAUCUCCAGAGAGACAGUAGUGCUCUCCGUCACGGCGGAAGGCGUUCAGAAGUUUAAGGUGAUGCCCAGCGACACCCAGGUGAACCCUGGGGAGAAUAUGACUCUCCAGUGCCAGGUUCUCAACCGUCGCGGCGAUUGUGUUUGGCUGAAAGACGACCAGGUCAUCGGGAACAUUUCGGGUAAAUACAGCUUUGAGAUGGAGCCAGAAGACGGCGACUGUACGCUGCAGAUUGUCAACGCCACGCUCGAGGAGGACGACGCCUCGUGGAGGUGCCAAGUGACCAAGGCGACGCGGAAAGGCUCCCCCCUCACCUCCUCAGCUGUCAACCUCGUCGUUCGAGAGCAACCGCGACUCCCUUACCUGAAAGAAGUCACAGGUUCUCCGCACCUCGGAGACAGAUUCAAAACAAUAGCUGGCGAUAGACAGAGCUUCCAGUGCGUGUCUCGUAAGGGGAACCCUCCAGCAUCAUUGCGAUGGUUUUUGGACUCCAACGACAUCUCCGACCUGGCAAACCAGACCAACUACAUGGACGUAAAGAAGCCCCGCACUUGGAAGGCUCUGUCCGUGUUAAACUACAAUUUUACCGAGGCAGACAAUCGCAAGAAACUCAAGUGUGUCGCCUACCACAGCGCGUACGAGAAGACAGCCCAGGAACCCGAAACCGAAGGACUCGGACACCGAGACGUUGCUGUCACGCUGGACGUGAUGUCCCGUCCGAAUAACAUUCGUGUGAAGCCUUCGACAGAUUCCACCUUCAACGCCAGCGAAGUUAUAACACUCGAAUGCAUGGCUGAAGGAAAUCCCGCUCCAGAGAUACGUUGGUUCAAGCAGAGUGAAGAAAAUUCAACUGUCUGGAAUAACCAGGGACAAAAUGCGAAACUAGAAAUAUCCAAUGCGUCAUACAGCGACAAGGGCGUGUACCGCUGCGAAGCAACGAACACCAUCGAUAACCAUUCCUACCUGGUACGGUCUAAAGGGAUACGUAUCGACAUUCGAGGACCCCCCAACUUGAGUAUCUACCCCGAGAGUGGCGAGUUGCAGGUAAAAGAAGGAGACCCUUUCGAAAUCGGCUGCACUGCUUCCGGAUAUCCAGACCCAGUUAUCUCCUGGAGGCACAGGGGCAAUUCGUCCAGUGAGGUUAAUAAUUUGGUACAAAAUAACACCUUGCGUAUUGACUCUGCCAACCAAAUGCACUCUGGGACAUACGAGUGCACGGCCAACAAUGGAUACGGCGAUUCUGUUGUUCGCUGCGUCACCGUUAAAGUUCUUGAAUAA